AUGGGGUUGGAAGUUGCUGUAGAGAAAGCAGUUGAGCUUCUAAAUAGCACAAUCAAAACUACCAUGGUCGGCGGAAAGAAGCUACGACUCGCCAAAUCACAAGCUGCAUUUCUCAAGCUAGCUAACGUCUGUGGCUAUGUUGUCGCCGUUACCCCAUCAGCAAAAGGCUUAUUCCCAGAGACUCACCUUCAUUUCAAUGGAACUUAUUGGGGAACAGUCAGCACUGCCUUCUGCGGCGAGACGAUAGAGAUAGCUUAUGCAUCAAUCUUUGUUGAAGCCACUUUAGAUGAAUUGGAAACCGUCGGCUACUCAUUUACCUACAAAAAGAACAAGGCCAUUAUGGUAGAAUUAGAUAGUGUUGUGUUUCCAAAUGGGCUGAGUUUUUGGAUGAUUUUAAUGAAGGACUUCCUACAGGCCCUAACUAAGCGGCUCGAGCCCAAUAUGACGGCUUAUGAGAAUUAUUGCAAGAUUUAUAUACCCGAGUCAGAUCCAUCACAAUUGAAGUCGGGCAAAGCGUUGCGAGUCAACGUUCUUUUCAAACAUAUUAAAAAAAUGUUGAAAAGUGACAUGACUAUGACAUCCGAAGCAGAUGAUUCCUAG